GCGUGAGAGCAGGAAUGUGUCUGAAUGUAUCGACAUCUGUUGAGUGUUAUUUCAGCACUUUGCAUUUAUCCGGGAACUAAUGAGCAUGUGAUCUAAUUAAUAAGCGUUGGGAUGGAGCGCUGAUAUCAACAGCGACGUACAGCUUUACCAGUCUUAGAGUUUGAAACCCUCUCAGCGAUGGAUCUGAACUUCUUCUACAGCGAGAACAUCAGUAUUAACCACAGCAUGCUCUUCAACGACAGCAGGAACCUCACGUUCUUACCGUUCUACCAGCAUUCCCUCGCCGUGGCCUCCGUCAUCAUCCUGGCCUACGUGCUCAUCUUCUCGCUGUGCAUGCUGGGAAACAUCCUGGUGUGCUUCAUCGUGCUGAAAAACAGGCAGAUGAGAACCGUCACCAACAUCUUCAUACUCAACCUGGCCAUCAGCGACCUGCUGGUGGGCAUCUUAUGUCUUCCCAUCACACUGGUGGACAAUCUGAUCACAGGCUGGCCGUUUGAUGUGGUCAUCUGUAAACUGAGUGGACUGGUCCAGGGAGCGUCAGUCUCGGCGUCGGUCUUCACGCUGGUGGCCAUCGCAGUGGAAAGGUUUCGUUGCAUCGUCUAUCCGUUCCAGCAGAAGCUGACGCGGCGUCAGGCCAUCAUCACCAUCGCCUUCAUCUGGGCGCUGGCCGUGUCCAUCAUGUGUCCGUCCGCCGUCACGCUGACCGUCUCGCAGGACGUCUUGCACUUCACCGUGGACGGGGACAAUGAGACGCACCCGCUCUACACCUGCUGGGAGGCCUGGCCCGACCAAACCAUGAGGAAGAUCUACACCACUGUGCUCUUCUCACACAUCUACCUGGCUCCGGUCACGCUCAUCUUCAUCAUGUACUCACGCAUCGCGGUCAGGCUGGUCAAGCCGCCCGUCUUCCGCCGCAAGCUGCGCGUGGUGAACAUGCUCCUGAUGGUGGCGCUGCUCUUCGCCGUCUCCUGGCUUCCGCUCUGGAUCCUCAUGAUGCUGACGGAUUACGGAAAUCUUUCGGCCGCUCAGCUGGACCUGGUGGCCGUCUACGUCUUCCCGUUCGCUCACUGGUUGGCCUUCUUCAACAGCAGCGUCAAUCCUAUCGUUUACGGCUACUUCAACGAGAACUUCCGGCGCGGAUUCCAGGAGGCGUUUAAGCUGGGUUUGUGUGUGGUGGACGAGCCGACGCAGCCCAGACGCAACGCAGCGUGGAAACACAACCGUGUGUUUGCGGACCGAGACGAGACGAACGCAAAGAGCGACGGCCGGAGAGAGUUCUGCAGCGGAGAACAGAGAGACGAGCUGGUGCUGGAGGAUCUGGACUGAGACACUGACACACUCAUGCAAACACACACACACACACACACACACACA